AGAACCUGGAUCUCCCAGGAAGCCCAACAGCUGCUUUCCUCAGCCUGCUCCCCACCUUCCUCUCCCAGGCUAAUCAACUCCAUAGUGCUACCCCAGUCUUUACCACUUCAAGCCUGGGCCUCGACACUCCCUGCUCCCACUGCCUUUGAAUCUGCCACUUCCGGUCCCUGUCCCCGAGUCCCUCCAGGCAUUCCAGAGGAGAUAGCUGAGAAAGUUAAGGGGCCCAUGAAUGCAUUCAUGGUGUGGAGCUAGGGCCAGUAUCACCAGAUGGUGCAGCUUCACCCCGAGAUGCACGACUCUGAAAUCUCCAAGGGCUUGGGCGAGCAGUGGAAAUGGCUGGGGGAGGCAGAGAAGCGGCCCUUCCUGGAAGAGGCAAAGAGGCUCCAAGCCGACUACCCCGCCUACAAGUACCGGCCUUGCUGCAAGACCAAAAAUGCCACCCUGGGCCAUGCAAAUCUAGACCUGGCUGGGGCAAGCAGGGGCAGCAGCAACCACAGCGCUGGGCACAGGAAACAGGCUGUCAGCACUACCCUUCAAACCUGGCCAGAGGCUGCUGGUGAGUGA